AUGGAGGGAAGAACAUCAUCUUCAAGUCGCGUCAGUUUUCGUAUACCAAAGAAGAAAACAAACACCAAAUCAGAGGAUGUUCAAGUUCAGUCCCCUUUGGCAAGGCUCCCAGGCUCCCACCAUUGGGACUACCCUUUAAAAGAGUGGAACUUAAGUGCCAACAGCAGAAAGCCUUCUACAAAAGGAAAAAGGCAAAAGGACUGCGACAGAUGCGGCUCUAAUGAUGAAGAAUCAAUUGGGCAACCCAAAGUUAUCUUGACGAAUGUCCUGAGGACGAAAAUAGGAAGAAAAUACACACAGGCGCAACUUAAAACUGGUGCUAAUUUUUCUGAUGCUGGCAAGCUGCAGUCAGAUCAACCACCCUCAUCAUCUGCUGCCAGCCUAACGAUAUGGCAUAUUUUAAACCCUACACUCCAAAGCCUUUUUCUGUCUAAAAGGCAACCCAAAGUUAUCUUGACGAAUGUCCUGAGGACGAAAAUUGGAAGAAAAUACAUAGACAGCCACGUAAUAAUUGAUGCAGAUUUAUCUGAUGCUGACAAAUUACAAUCGGGUCAACUAUCCUCAUCAUCUGUUGCCAGCCUACAGACAUGUCAAAUAUUAAGUUCUCCUCAUGAAAGUUCUUUUCUGUCUGAAAGGUCUGAGCAUUGUCUGAGAAAGGCAGAUGAUGAUCUGUGUAAAUUGACCAAGGCUUCGAAGGAACCAGAAAAAAAUAAUGUCUUCACUGCUAGAAGACGGGAGCUGCAGAAGAAAGAAAACAAGAACUAUGAUGAACUGGAAAAGAGGAGCAGAAACAUGAACAGCACCAAUUUUAGUCAGAAGGAAUCAGGCUCUUUUGAUUCUGAGAAAAGGAAAAGAAGAUCUAGUAGCCAUAUUUCUGAUGAUUGUAAUGCACACAUUCCAGAAAAAUCACUUCUACUGUCUAAAGAGCAAAGAUUGAGUUCAACUCAGUCUCCUGGCUGCAGAACACCCCGUGAGGAUGGACAAAGUUGCAGAUCUAAUACAAUUCUGGUGCCAUAUUGUAUUCUGCAGCCAUUAGAGAGAGACUAUAAAGACACUGCCACCCACAACCACUUAAGGCCUGCUCACAGCUGCACAGAGGAACCUGGCUCAGCAUCUCCUCCCAGAAAUUUGUCAGAGAAUCAGCUCUCUGUCACCAGUGAGGAUGUGAUUUCACCACGAGUUAGUACCAUCAGGAAAUUAAAGAUGGACACAUCACAGUAUCUGAGCAAGCUGCGGAACAGAAUCUGCAGGGGUAAUCGGCAACUUGUUUCGGUUGACCCAAUUGUUCUUUCCAGUGAUGAUGAAGAUGGACCUUCUGAACCAAAGUGCACAGAGCUGGUGCAGGAUAUCACUGACAUUAAAGAAACAGACCAACAGUCUGACUUCUGUUUAUCAACAAAACAAUUGGAAGACAAGAUGGAAAGUCAUACGGAGCAGUUUUUAACAGAGUCAAUUGAAGAUACAUGUCCUAUCAGCUUACCUUCUGGAAGCACACCUAGAAAACAGAUGAACCUGGCAUUGGAUGUUGAAUUUGAUAGCCUAUACAUUGGGAAAUUUAAAUGGUUAUCAACAGGUCCUGCUAGGUUUACAACCAAGUAUAUUUCUAUCCCGUUUCAAGUGGCUCUUAAUAAGAAUAUUGAGCUGACAGUGGAUACUCUGGAUCUGAGAAGGUUUGGCUUGUGGAGAAGUGAUGGUGCCUCUUCUUCAGCAGCUAUCAUUUUCCUUUGGUUGUCUGUGGAUUACGUAGAAAAGAUUGAAACCCAACUAGGCAAGUUAGUCACCAGCAAGCCAUCCAAAUCUAGUGAAUUUGUAUUUCUUGAACUCUCCCGACUGCUCACAGAAUGGGAAGAAGACAGACUGACUGAACUGAUUACAGAUGUGAGCAAGAAGAACAGAGCACCAGAUCUCCCUGAGUUUUUGUCUUUGAAGCAAGCAUUACCUUUGUUUAAGGACCUUUCUCCUGAAGAGAACUCUUUCAUGAGUUACAGUAAGGAUCUACUAAAGCAAUGUAUGCCAAAAGAGAAUACCUCAGAUGCUCCUGAGCCUGCACUUCAGGAAUCAAAACCAAAAGUGGCCAGGCGCAGUUAUGCCCUUGCAAAUAAGCAGAAUAGUGGUUGCUAUGCUAUCUCUCUGUCUUCUGCACUGAAUGAAGAAUGGAAAGAAGUAAGAGAAACCGGAGCAGUUAAGAAUUUAAUUGUUUAUCCACCCCCACCUGCAAAAGGAGGACUGGGAGUCACAAGAGAAGACCUGGAGUGCUUAGAAUAUGGCGAGUUUCUCAAUGAUGUCAUCAUUGAUUUCUAUCUUAAAUACCUGUUGUUGGAGAAGGCGCCAAAACAUCUUGCUGACCGUGUACACAUUUUUAGCAGUUUCUUCUAUAAGUGCCUGACCAGGAUGGAAAAAAACUCUGAGGGGGAUCUCAAAGUUUCAGCAGCACAGAGAAGACACAGAAGAGUAAGAACAUGGACGCGUCAUAUAAACAUCUUCAGUAAAGAUUAUAUCUUUGUGCCUGUGAAUGAGGAGUCUCAUUGGUACAUGGCAGUUAUCUGUUUCCCAUGGUUAGAAGAAGCUGUGUAUGAGGAGUGUCCCCAUCAGGAUUCAUUAUAUCACCAGGCUCAACUGUCUCCACUUCGGUCAGAGAGUGAGAACACUAGAACUGGUUCAGUGUUGGCCUUUCCUGGUCACUGCAAGGAUGAAGAAGAAAUGAAUGCUAACAGGAGUUUAUUCUCAAAAGGUGGCAAUGAAAUUGCUGCUUCUGCUUCAGUCCUGGAUUCAGGGAUUUCUAAAAUCUCCUUAAGUAAUUCUGAAAGGCAGAUUUGUAAAAGGCCUUGCAUACUCAUCUUAGAUUCUCUGAAAGCUGGUUCCGUGCAGAAAACAGUUCAGGUUUUGAGAGAGUACCUUGAAGUGGAAUGGGAAGCUAAACGAAAAACACAUCGAGAAUUCAAUAAAUCAACAAUGAUUGACCUGUGUCCUAGAGUGCCUAAACAAGAUAACAGCAGUGAUUGUGGGGUCUAUUUGCUGCAAUAUGCAGAAAGCUUCUUCCAGAAUCCCAUCGUGAACUUUGAACAGCCACUGCAUCUGGAGAAGUGGUUCCCUCGUCAGCUGAUCAGAAGCAAAAGAGAAGAAAUUCGAGACCUGAUCUUGCAACUACACUUUCAACAGCGUAGUGGCAGCAGCAGCUAA